UGUUGUGUUUACAUUUUCUUGUCCACCCGAAUCCCCCGACAAGCCCAACUCUCCUGUGUCUAAAAACCAUCUGCGAGCCGCAAUGUCGGUCAUGGCAACCGCAACUGGAACAUCACCAGCUGUUGGAUCGUUCUACAUCAGACGAUCCACUAGGGGGGUGCCUCGGUUGAGGAUGGCCGUCCGAUCUAGCGCCAUUUCAGCGGUUCCCCCCAUCUUGACCAAGAUACAGAAAGACUGUGCCACUCCCCUGCCAGUUCUUCGCCACGUUUCGGACUCCAUGUCUGCUGAUAUCCGUGCUGGCCUUGCUGUUGAUGGCGGUAGCGAUCUCCAGAUGAUCCUCAGCUACGUUGAUAGCUUGCCUACUGGGAACGAGAAAGGAUUGUUUUAUGCGUUGGAUCUUGGGGGAACCAACUUUCGGGUGCUGAGGAUUCAGUUAGGUGGGAAAGAUGAGCGCGUGAUCGCCACUGAAUUUGAGCAAGUUUCCAUCCCGCAAGAACUCAUGUUUGCUACCUCCGAGGAGCUAUUGGAUUUUAUUGCUUCUGUGCUGGCAAAUUUUGCACAAAAAGAAGGUGGAAAGUUUCACUUACCUCCUGGGAGGAAAAGGGAAAUUGGAUUCACUUUUUCAUUCCCUGUGAAGCAGACAUCAAUUGAUUCUGGAAUACUAAUUAAGUGGACCAAGGGUUUUGCAGUUUCAGGAACGGCCGGAAAAGAUGUUGUUGCUUGCUUGAAUGAAGCUAUGGAUAGGAAAGGAUUAGAUAUGCGAGUGUCUGCCAUGGUGAAUGAUACGGUGGGAACCUUGGCUGGAGCUAGAUACUGGGAUGAUGAUGUUAUGGUUGCUGUCAUUUUGGGUACAGGAACAAAUGCUUGCUAUGUGGAACGGAUGGAUGCUAUUCCUAAAUUGCAAGGCGAGUUUUCUCCCUCUGGAAGAACGAUUGUCAACCUUGAGUGGGGAGCAUUCUCAAAAGGCCUUCCUUUAACGGUGUUUGAUAGAGAUAUGGAUGCUGCUAGCAUCAAUCCUGGGGAACAGAUAUUUGAGAAGACAAUCUCUGGAAUGUACCUUGGUGAAAUUGCACGAAGAGCUCUGCUGAGCAUGGCUGAAGAAGGUUCUUUGUUUGGUGAAUCCGUGCCCAAAAAACUAUCCACGCCUUUUGUGCUCAGAACCCCAGAUUUAUCUGCAAUGCAGCAGGACAACACAGACGAUCUGCAGACUGUUGGAUCAAUCCUAUAUGAUGUAGCGGAGGUUGAGUCCAACCUAAAUUCAAGGAAGGUAGUCCUAGAGGUUUGUGACACCAUUGUGAGGCGAGCUGGACGUUUAGCUGGUGCUGGAAUAGUGGGGAUUCUCCAAAAGAUAGAAGACGAUUCAAAAGGUACCAUCUUUGGAAAACGAACUGUAAAGCCUCCAAUCCAAUCACACACAGUGGAAGCAAAAUCAAACAAUAAAUCAAAUUUGAGUCAAUAUUUUCAACACUGUAAUGAUCAUGGAUGGAGGCUUGUACGAACGCUACCCCAGUAUAGAAGAUACUUGAAAGAAUCUGUAACAGAGCUUCUUGGACCCGAAACAUCCCAUCACAUUGUCAUAGAGCAUUCAAAGGAUGGCUCUGGGAUUGGGGCUGCUCUCUUGGCUGCUACAAACUCCAAGUAUGACCACAAUUAUUAG